AUGUUCCGCGCUGCUGGAAAACUUACAAAGUCGAUGGCGAAAGCCCAACGACGAUUCCUGAAUCUGCAGGAGUUCCAGAGCAAGGAGAUUCUCGAGAAGCACGGAUGCAGCGUUCAGAAGUUUGUGGUUGCGUCGAACAGAAGGGAGGCUGAGGAUAAGUGGCUGUCUUUUGGUGAGUGCGCACUCUUUCACGUGGGAAACUGCCAAUUUUCUCUUCAGGAGAGCACGAGUAUGUUGUGAAAGCACAAAUUCUUGCUGGAGGACGUGGAAAAGGAAAGUUUAUUAACGGAACGAAAGGAAUCGGAGGUGUUUACAUCACCAAGGAGUGAGUGUUUCAUAAUUUUCAAUGAGUAGUUCACUAUUCUCCAGGAAGAAUGCUGCUCUCGAGGCCAUUGACGAAAUGAUCGGCAAAAGAUUGGUGACAAAGCAGACGACGGAAGAUGGAGUCCGUGUCGACAAAGUCAUGAUUGCCGAAGGAGUCGACAUCAAGAGAGAAACGUACCUGGCUGUGCUCAUGGAUCGCGAGUCGAACGGACCAGUCGUUGUGGCUUCUCCUGACGGAGGAAUGGACAUUGAGGCGGUUGCCGAGAAGACUCCAGACAGAAUCUUCAAGGUUUUUUCAUUUUACUUGAUCGGGUUGUUUGUAAAUGAUUGAUUCCAGACACCAAUUGACAUUCAAAUGGGAAUGACUGAAGUGCAGGCUCUGAAAAUCGCUAAGGAACUCCAAUUCGAAGGAAAUCUCCUCGGACCCGCCGCCCAGGAAAUCAAGCGUCUCUACGACCUGUUCAUUGCCGUCGAUGCCACUCAAGUGGAGAUUAACCCGUUGGUGGAAACCCGCGACGGCCGUGUUUUCUGUGUCGAUGCCAAGAUGAACUUUGACGACAGUGCUUCGUACAGACAAAAGGAUAUCUUUGCUUACGAAACCUUUGAAGAGCAUGUGAGUUUAGAACGCAAUGUAAGCGAGAAAUGAAGAAAUGACUGCAGGAUCCUCGUGAGGUGGAUGCUAAUCAGUUCAACUUGAACUACAUCGGAAUGGACGGAAAUAUUGCUUGCCUCGGUUCGUUCUUGUAGUAUUCCGGGUCUUCUACGUGUUAUUUUUGCAGUGAAUGGAGCCGGACUCGCUAUGGCCACAAUGGACUUGAUCAAACUGCAUGGAGGAGAGCCAGCCAACUUCCUCGACGUCGGUGGAGCUGUCACUGAAGACGCCGUCUUCAACGCAGUCAGAAUCAUCACUUCCGAUCCACGAGUCAAGUGCGUCCUUAUCAACAUCUUCGGAGGAAUCGUCAACUGUGCCACCAUUGCGAACGGAGUCGUCAAUGCCGUCAAUAAGAUCGGUCUGAAGGUGCCGAUGGUCGUCCGACUGGAGGGAACGAACGUCGACGCUGCCAAGGAGAUCAUGGCAAAGUCAGGACUGAAGAUUCUUCCCGCCAACAACUUGGACGAGGCUGCCGCCAAGGCCGUUUCUUCCCUUUCAAAGUAG